GCCCUUUAAAUCCCCGGCGCACGCGCGCCAGGGGAAACGCAGGGCAGCUCGCUCGUUGGCCACGCGCAGAGGGUCGGGGGGUUCUCGCUAGAGCGCGCCCCGCCCCGCCCCCUUCCCGAAGGCCGCGCGAGGAAACUUGGGUGGGAGGCGUCUCCCGAGCGAUCGCCUGCCCCGCGAGACCGGCGGCCCGUGCGUUUAGAUCAAAAUGGGAUUCAUCUUUUCAAAAUCUAUGAAUGAAAACAUGAAGAGUCAACAGGAGUUCAUGCUCAUGAACUCUCGACUUCAGCUGGAAAGACAGCUACUGAUGCAGAAUCAAAUGCGAGAGAGACAGAUGGCUAUGCAAAUUGCUUGGACAAGGGAAUUCCUGAAAUAUUUUGGAGUAUUUUUUGGAAUUGCUGCUGUAGGUCUAACAGCUGGAGCAAUAAAAAACAAGAAACCAAGACUGUUCCUUCCAAUGAUCCCCUUAAGCUUUAUACUUGCCUACCAGUAUGAUAUGGGCUAUGGAACACUUCUGCAAAGAAUGAAGGGUGAAGCGGAGAACAUACUUGACACAGAAAAUACUUUGCUAGAAAUGCCAAAAGGAGCCCUCACUUUUGAAAGCAUUGAAAAAGCCAGAAGAGCUCAGAGCAGGUUCUUUAUAGAAAAAUAAGACUAAUUCUCAGUCCAUGAAUAUACAAAAUUUGUUUGUAAUCAUGUUGCUGACUUAAAGUAUGUCAAAUAAUUAAAGAUUUGAGAAUACUACCUUUUUAAAAUAAAAUGAAUUUAAAAUAU